AUGGCGUGUCCUCGGAAACACAGACCGUCUUUCACGGACUGAGCUCUGCCCCCGCCGGGCUAAUGUCACCCCUCUUUGCAAUGCUUGAAACCAGCAGCCAAUAGCGUUCCAGCACUAAUUAUAAGAGGUGCAGGGUGUCCCUGCAUGGGGAGUGUUUACAGGAUGUUAUCUGUGUCAGAGCCGGCCCCUCAUCCCUCUGAGUGGGUUUCUGAGGAAUGCUGGAACGGGAUGGAGGAGUUCCAAAGGGGGAGUGACGAGAGAGAGAGAGCCAGACAGACACCGGCAGAGAGAGAGAGAGAGUCUAUAUAUACAUCCCAUGGAGGCUGGUGCUCACAGGCACAGCUGGACUACUGGAUAACUGGACCGUAGCCCACUGGAUAUUUAGCUUGAAAGGCAAAGCCUCUGGCUGUGGAAAACAACUUUAGUUUAGUUAGUGUGAAACACAUAAACAAAGAUGAACAGCGUGGCAGAUUGGCUCGUGCUGAACAGGGACAAGAUCGAGAAAGGCGUGGAGAUCAUGGGGCAAGCCUCGGAGGUGCUCGCGGCAACCGUGGGCCAGCUCCACCCAAUCCUGGAGGCCGUGUUCGUGGCUUCGGCCGAGAUACUCAGCAACCCGGACAGCAAAGAGGCUCGCUACCUGACUCAGCAGUUCGAAAUGGUCAACCAGCAACUCGAGGGAAUCCAAGAUGAGAUUGAUAAAAUCGCCCUGGAGCUGCAGAGGUCGUCGUUGAACAAGCAGAACUUCGAUCGGGAGGCCCAGAUGCUCAGCCAGUACGAAAAGUUCCAGGACUUUGUCAAAGCCAAGCCCAAGUUCAAAGAGAAGAAAAUGGAGAAGUUCCUCAGCCAUUACGAGAACACCGAUGCCGACUUGAACCUGGACGCCCUCUACAAUGCUGUCAUUGGGCAGAGCACCGCGGGAGACCCGUUGCUUGAAACAGUGGUCACCACAGAGCAGAGAAGCAGAAGGGCGGUUGAGGAUUUCUGCGCUCGGCUGAAGAAGCUUUUUGUGGUGGGCAUUAUCGCCGUCAUGGGCCACUCCGCCCUCAAGGAAGGGGUGGUGGGGGAGGAGAUGGUGAAGAAGUGGCAGGGACGGAUGGAGGACGUGGAGACACGAAUGAAAGCGGCGGUGGAUGACUGCACCGACAACUUUGCCGAUCAAGCCAAGCUGGACAUGGAGCUCCUGCUGCAGGAGAAUCCCGGCGCUGUCAACAACGAUUUCACCAAAUCCCUUCUGGAUUCUCUCGUUAAGAAAUACGACUGGGUGAACUGGUCCAUCAGGGCCUUCAGCGACAAGGAGCGCAUUUUCUUUUUCAACUGGCUGGCCGGAAAGAAGUGCCAAGGAAGUGGAGGAGCCAACUGGUUUGACAUUUUGACCAAGACCAAGAUUAAAGUGGUCGUCUCUUUCUGCGUUGACCCCAAGCCCAUUGACAAGAGUAAGAUCCUGGAGCAGAUUGAAGUUCAGAAGAUCAAGAAGAACAUGAUGGAAGUGGCUCUGGCUUUGAACAAGAGCUUCCCCAACUGCCUGGUCCACGCUGUCAGCCAUUACAAGGAGGUGGUGGAGUCCAACAACUUUCACGAGGAUUGUUACUACUAUGGAAAACACAAAAAAGCCUCCCUGUGUAUCCACUCCGAGUAGACUCACAGAAACACAUAAAGUACAGGAAGAAAAUGAGCAACGCAUACAUUUAUGAAUGUCUUUACUGGAGACAUGGAAAUAUUCCCAUUAAAUAUUGAAAAAUUAUAUCGUAAAUACUGUCUUUGUCAAUUCAUAAUCUGCUCUGUCAGGUUUCUGGCUUGUGAUUCGUUGUCUUGCUUCUAAUGAUUUUUAUUCUUUUACAUAUAUUUUUCAUCUGUUGAUGAUCCAGCAGCUUCAGUGUGAGUCGUACAUCUCCGUGCCUCCGUGACGUAGUGUUAUGACCCUCGUGAUGAUUCGGUCCCCAUUGGAUAUUACUAGAGUUGGGCGAUAUGACGAUGUUAGUCUGUUAACUGCGAAGGACGUAGCCAUACAGUGUAUACCAAGGCACCCUCCCCUCUAAUACCUUUAAACAUCUCUCGGACCAUUGAAGGCAAUUUGGUAACGACAGCCAGCCUUUAUGAUGGGAUGCAGUACCGUUUGGGUUAUUUGUAAGUUAAAUUAUUGACCUUUGAAAACUGAAGAACAAGCGAGUAAUUGUACCUUGAGUUGGGAUUGUUUGAGGACUUUCUGAUGUAAAAAAUGAACUUUCUAUAGAUAGAUAAGAAGAUGGAGACCAUGUAUGUCUGUAAGAUAUGAGGCUACAGCCGGGAGACCGUUAGUUUAACUUAGCAUGACAGGAAGUGUCGGAUGUCAAUUUGCAAGUUAUGCCGAGAACAAGGACUUCCUGGACGUGGUCACACAACCACCGUGUGGGUUAAACAAACAAGAUAUAACGUGUUAACUAGUGAGAUCUUUUCCACCUUUGGACAGAGCCAGGCUAGCAGCUGUCAGACUUUAUGCUAAGCUAUGACAACCGUCUCCUGGCUGGAGAUUCAUAUUUAAGAGUCUGAUAUGGUCAAAAGCUCCAGAACAAGUAAAUACUUGAACCUUGAGUUGAGAUUGUUUUGUCAUUUCUUAUACAGUUUCUCAAUUUGUUUAAGAGCAUAUUUACCACCUACAGAAUAUCACAAAAUGAAAAGAAAUGAAACACGUCAGAGGAUUACAUGUAUAUUGCCGAUUCCUUGAUAUAAAUGUGUAUGAAACGCUGCUUUUGGUGCAAUAUAUUGCUGCAGGGCAAACGUCCAAAAUCCUGAUUCCACAAUCAAUUCGCCAAGAGACAUUUGUAUAUUUUACUUUAAUUUGUAAUAAACAGGAACAAUAUGAAUGCUA